ACGAGGACGAUAUGGCUCGGGGGACCGCCAGAAUGAUUCACGAGGGCGGUAUGAGCAAGGAGGGUCUGGAGGAGACCGCCGCAACGAUUCGCGCGGACGGAAUGAGAGAGGGGAAUAUGGCGUCUCAUCAGAACCAUAUCCUAAGUCGCCUGACCCCAAGGCGGCCAGGAGUUCGAUCUCUAGAGGCGCAAACGACAAACCAUCUACUCCCGAUGAAGGACAAUGUCGAAGCAAGGAGAAUAAAGACGAGUAAAGGAAUGGAGUCGGUCAGGAGCCAGAGCAUCAAGAUAAUCUUUGAGGGGGAUAUCACGACCACACCCAUAAGGGUGGCAGCCACCAAGUCGGCAAGACGGUCUACAUCGAAGAAGACUGACACGGAUUACGUGAUGACGGAGAAGGACGGGCAGCGGGUCGAUGGAGAGGAGGUUAUCCUUUCGCCGCGAAAGAGGGGAGUGAAGAAGUUCUUAAUGAAGAGUUCGCUGGACGAGAUUGACACGGUUGAGCCAUUGAGGCGGGCCCUUCGGCAACCAAUGCAGUGCUCUAUUCUGGAGUACCUGGCGGCAUCGAAGCCGACUCGUGAUGAAUUACAGAUGAUCACGCGGAAGACUCGCAUACCUCUAUCAGAGGAGGGUCAGGGGGCCCCUAAAGCGGAAGCUUCUACAGUAGCAGUAACGGGGGGGACCGCCAGAGCGGAUCGCAUGGCAACAGUCCUUCUCGAUGGGAUGAAAGGUGUGCCUCCAGACAAGUUUUAUAUACUUGGUAGCGGGGCCGUGGAGAUGAUUAUAAACGAUGGAGCGAUACUCGAUGCUGUGAUUGAUAACGGAAGUGAGGUUGUCAUCAUAGACGAGGACCUGGCAGUACAAGUUGGACUGGGCCUCGAUAGGUCAUACCUAUUCGAGAUAGAGACGGCUGAUGGGAGAAAGCAACAGAUCACUGGGGUUUGUCAUAAGGCAGCCAUAAAGGUCCAAGGGGUAAGAGUGACCCUGCCUGUCUUUGCAGUUUAGAACUGCAGCUCCGACCUGCUCUUGGGUCGAACGUGGCUGAGCCACGUGCAUGCGGUGAUGAUAGAGCGACCUGAUGGGAGC